UAAUGUAUUUUGUUUACUCUGUAGGAUUGCAAAGGUCAGGGAGUUGCAGGCUUCGUUGGGUGAAUUACUUAAGGCCUGGAAUUAAGCAUGGUAAUUUCACAAAGGAAGAAGAGCAAACAAUAAUUGAUUUGCAUGAAAAGCUUGGAAACAGAUGGUCAGCGAUCGCAUCAAGGCUGCCCGGAAGAACUGACAAUGAGAUUAAAAACCAUUGGCAUGCUCACUUGAGAAAACGUUUUAAGUAUGACCUGAAGCAUUGCCAGAGAGUGAACCUUCAGAGCCAUCCAGUGAAACAAAUCAAAAUAGUUUCACCCAGCUCAAAUCCUACCGACAAUAUUCCAAGACCAUCAAUUCUGGAAAGCUAUAGUGCAAUUUCUACCUACGGUUUACCUUCAUCGAGCUCGAAUCCUCCAUUCGAAAUCGAAGAAAGCCAAACAUUAAGGGAUCCAUUGGUUCAUUGUUUGGCUCAACUAAUCUCUUUUUCAACUCUAAUUUCUAGCUCAUUGCCUUCCGCGCACAUUUGAUGUUGAUAGAUGAUAUUGUGCAUUGCUGUAGACUGUGGCAUUGACAUUGAAUGGAUGUUAGCUCUUAAUUCCACGUUGUUCGUGUAUCUUGUAGCAACAAAGACUGAAGCUUCGUUAUUCCAUUUUCUCUAUUUGUGAAAGUUUAGGUAAGGGAGCUAUCCCAAUUCAG